AUGAAAAGUAGUAAGCAACCAAAAGGCUGCUUUCUUAAACUCAUAGCAAAUAAUAGUGGAUACUUAUUUGCAGAUGGAAGUCAUGCUAUAUGUACUCUACAUGAGAAAGUCAGAAAGGUAGAUGGUACAGAGACAAUGAUUUGCGGCAUGAAACUGAAGCCAAACGACACAUCAUGGCCAUUUAUAUUUGGAAGUAGUUGUGUAGGGAUACAACACGAUGGGGAUGACCUCUUAUGUGGAAUGAAAGACCUGGAAAGUUAUGGUGUUUGCUUACAUUCAUGUAACACUAGAAUGCCAGACGGUAAAGUACAAUCAUUCUGCGGAUUGAAGCUGCUAUCAGACUUUAAUUUAUUAACAGCCAUGAAACAAACGAAUGCUGCUGUUACAGAUACAGCCCUAAAAACCACCCCAGAAGAAAACCAGGGAAAACUGUUUUGUAUGGAAGUCACGGCUGAUAAGGUUACAUAUCCAUUCAUACACGAAUGUAAUGAAGUUAUUAUAUUUUCACAGAAGAUUAGUAUCCACACCGGAAAAGAAAUAACUUUAUGUGGACUGAAACUAAUACCAAUAACUUCACCAUAUCCAUGUAAAGAGGAGUCUCACUUAGUUGCUGUACAGACCCAGAAGUUUAAGAGGCAAAACGGUGAAGACCAAAUGUUUUGUGGGUUAAUAGUAACUCCAGACAAACAAGCAUCGCUGUUUGCAACAGGUUGUUUCCACACAGGCAUGGCCGGCCGGAAAAGGAAAACUGUGCAAAAGAGACCUACUGGUACAUCGGACACAGAAACGGUAAUGAAAAAGAAGAAGAAUGUGAUAAAGAUAUCUACUAAUGCGAGGAACGAAAAAAUAGCAGCGAACAUAUGCUCAGACUCCACCAUCUCACAAGGAACCACUGUUCAGGAACUACCACAGCGUGAUCGGGAAAAAAGUGUCGCCGAUUAUGAAACCACUCCCGGUUCAAUAACCGCAACAGGUGUGGAUCCCCCUGCCCUUAAUUUCGGCCCCCCAUCGUAUAAUUGCCCAACAUGUAAUGCGGUUAUGUGGUAUGAAGAAAGAAGUAAAAGCACCCCUGUAUCUGAACCAAUUUCAUUCUCAUCGUGUUGCCAAAAUGGGAAAAUUUUGUUGGAACCCUUACGUAAUACACCUGAACCUCUUAAAAGGUUGUUGGAUUAUGAUCAGGCCGGUACAUCAACCUUCCGUGACAACAUUAGAACUUACAACAGUAUGUUUUGCUUCACAUCUUUCGGGGCUCAAAUUGAUAAUUCCAUCAACCAGGGAAGAGGUGUCUAUACCUUUAGAAUAAGCGGCCAAAACUAUCAUCGAAUCGGUUCGUUGCUUCCUUCAGAUGGGGCUGAACCCAGAUAUGCACAGCUUUACUUCUUUGACACCCAAAAUGAAAUAAGACAUCGAAUUUCGGCAAUAGUAGGGAAGGGCAAAACUAACAGUAAAAUUGAUGAAACUAUCGUCGGAAGCCUCAUGGAUAUGCUUAAUGAACAUAAUUGUGUAGCCAAGGCAUUUCGUAUGGCACGCGAUUGGUGUUCAGUAAAUGAAGAUCAUCCAUGCGAAUUACGUUUGCUUGCACAGAGAUCCACUUUACGACAAUAUAGCACCCCAAAUGUUUCUGAAAUUGCUGCCUUGGUAACUAACGAUUUUGGGGUGAGUUCUGAGCCUCGAGAUAUUGUAGUCAGCACCACUAACGGGUUACUACAAAGAAUCUCAGAAUUGCAUCCACUAUACAUGGCCUUACAAUAUCCGUUGCUUUUUCCUUAUGGUAAAUCUGGAUAUCAUGAAGCAAUCCCAUAUUUCUCAAACACUGGUAGGAGGAAAACAAAGAGGACAUACUUGACAAUGCGAGAGUUCUAUUGUUACAUAAUUCAUUAUCGACCUAAUGAAGGAACAACUUUGUUAAGAGGCGGCCGUCUCUAUCAGCAAUACUUGGUGGAUUCUUAUACUGCAGUUGAAGAACAACGACUCCGAUAUGUCAGGACUCAUCAGACUGAACUUAGGGUAGAACUAUAUGACAGUGUGUGUGACGCCGUCACACGCGGUGACACAAACGCAAAGGCACUUGGUCAACGAAUAGUUUUACCUGCGAGUUUCACAGGAAGCCCCAGGUAUAUGGUGCAAAAUUAUCAGGACGCCAUGGCCCUAUGCAGGAAAUUUGGAAACCCAGAUCUGUUCAUAACCUUUACCGCAAAUCCCAAAUGGCCCGAAGUUGGCCAUAUGUUAUCAUUCAUUCCGGGACAGAAGUCUCAUGAUCGUGCAGAAGAUGUGGCCCGUGUGUUUAAAAUGAAACUCGACGACAUGAUGCAUGAUAUCAUGAAGAACAAUGUUUUUGGGCAGGCCUUGGCAGGUGUGUACACAAUCGAGUUCCAGAAGCGUGGACUCCCACAUGCUCAUAUUCUAAUAUGGCUAGACGAAAAGGCAAAAUGCAAAACCCCGGCUGAUAUAGAUGACAUAAUUUCUGCGGAGAUCCCUUUGGAAUCUAUUGAUCCAAGAGGAUAUAAGGCUGUGACUGAUUACAUGCUACACGGACCGUGCGGCCCGGACGCUAAAGAUGCGUCAUGUAUGAACAUGGGGAAGUGCAUGAAAUAUUUCCCAAAACUAUUUUAUCAGGAAACAACAAUCGAUGAAGAUGGCUAUGCUGUUUAUCGUAGAAGGAAGACGAACAAUACUGUCGAAGAUGGCAAAACACAGUCCACAAUUAUUACCAAGGUUGAUGAAGUCAAGAAUUACCUCGAUUGCCGUUAUUUAUCACCAUGUGAGGCAGUGUGGCGUUUGUUUGCACUUGACAUACACUACUGUAAACCAUCAGUGGUAAAACUAACCUACCACCUUCCUGAAAAACACACCCUCACACUACGCGACUCGGAAAGCCUACCUGCUUUACUUAGGAGGCCAGGAAUCAAGGAUACAAUGUUCACCAAAUGGUUUGAGCUGAACAGGAGAGAGAAGCACGCCAGACAAUACAAAUAUUCGGAAAUCCCAGCCGAAUAUGUAUGGGUUAGUAAAGAUAAAUAUUAG